ACAUUGCAGUGAAACCAUCGCCAAGGUACAUGUACGAUAGGAAGUCUGUAUGUGUAUACUAGUAUAUGUCCCUUAUCUACGGCACUCCGACUGCAAAUAGCGUUUGAUAAGAUACAAUUCCAAAUUGCAGUGAUACCAUCCAUGGCUAAGAAGCUAUUUGAAGACUUUUGGUUGGAGGGACUAGUUCCCGCGGUCUUUACUCCUUUUCAAGACAAUGGGGAGCUGAAUUUACUUAUGAUUGAUGACUAUUGUGAAUUUUUACUGAAAAAUAACAUCAAGGCAGUUUUUGUGAACGGAACAACUGGUGAAGGUCAGUCCAUGACGAUGGAAGAGAGAAAGAAAGUUGUUGAAAAAUGGAUUGCCUCAGCAAGGGGGAGGUUGAAAAUCGUGGUACAUGUGGGAGGCUUGAAUGUCAAGGAGAGUGUUGAUUUAACUAAACAUGCCGUCACAGCAGGAGCAGACGCAUUUGCAUCCCUUCCACCUUUGUUCUUCAAACCAAACACUAUUGGCUGUCUUAUUGAACACUGUAAAACAGUGGCGGAUGCUGCUCCAAAUCUUCCUUUCUACUAUUAUCAUUUGCCCUACAUGACAGGAGUAGACUUUAAGAUGGAAGAUUUCUUAACAACGGCAAGGAAAAGGAUACCAAACUUGGUUGGUCUGAAGUUUGCCUCGAACGAUCUCGGGGAUGUGAUUGGCUGCUUGUUUGCGGGAAAAUUUAAUAUUCUCUGUGGUAGUGAUGAGCAACUGAUGGCAAAUGUAGUCAUGGGUGCUCAUGGUGCGGUCGGUACACUACAUAACUGUAUGCCGUUGAUCUCCCAAAGAAUUCUUCAGUACCUUGAGAGUGGGGAAAUGGAAAGGGCCAGAGGAGAACAAAUUCGUGUCCAGAAAGUCUUACGGAUAAUGCUUAAAUAUGGACAUACAUUGGGUGGUAAUGUAGCAGCUGUGAAACCAAUCAUGGGACUCCUCGGUGUCCACCUUGGGCCUCCACGUCAACCGAUGAGAGCAUUGACCAUUGACGAAUCGGUUGAAUUCAGGAAAGACAUAGAUAAACUGGGCUUCAUGGAUUGGAAGCCAGCUAAUCUGUUGUAGUAUAAAUUUUCUCUUUCCGGGCAACAGCUGGGCGCGCGUCUUGAUAACCGUUGGACGGAAUGCGCAGUUUGUCGGAAGUGCACUCGAAACCAAUUAAUCCGUGUCGGUUUAUUUUUUGCAUGAAGUAAACAGUGACAUAAAAAGCAUAUCAAUCAU